CAUACAACAGAUGGAUAAAAAUACGCUGAACAUAGUUCAAUGUGACCAUUAUUGAUAAUAUUUGUAUGUUACGUUAACUAACUGCGUUUUAUUCGCUCUUCUAAGCUGAUCAUUUAUCUGUUGAUGUUGAUGACACAUCCUAUCACUAGUUUUUUAUAUAAAUGAACUCAAACUACGCCGGUAUUACUAUAUUCAUUAAUCAAUUAGACGAUUACUAUCCAGUUACACAUAUUGAAGAAAUACACUUUCAGUAUAUCAUAUACAGAAAUGCAUUUCAUUGAACAAUUCUCAUCGGAAAAAGUAUUUACAGAAUAAACCAAUACAAAUUUAAUAUUAUUCCAAACUAUUGUGAUGGAUGUUCCAUCGGAAAAGGAGGAAGUAAAUUUAGAAGAUAGUCAAUUGAGAAAAAUGGGAAAAUCAGUGGAUGAAAAAGAGUCGACAAUACAGAAAUCAAAUUCUUUUAGAAAUAUGUUCAAACAGUUGGCUUGGAAAAGUUUAGAUAAUUCUAGACGACAAAAAGGCAUACUAACUGGUGAUUAUUCAGAACCACUUUGGACAGUUGUUCUUGCCAAGAAAGAGACAAACAAUACAAUGGUUGAUGUUCUUCAUGGACUAACACCAAUCAAAGAACCAUUGAAAACCUGUGAACACUGGAAAGGUGUUUCGUCCUAGUAUGGGAUUCCACAGAAUUGCACAUUCAUGAGCCUUCGAGGGAUGGAACUCAGGACCAUCAAGUUCUGCAGCCAGCACAUUACCAUUGAACCAGUGGGUCAGAAUCCAAUAGUCCAUAUAUUCUUACCUCCGUCAAUUCAUGAUACAGUGUUACCUCCAUCCAGUGCCGUCGCUGAAUACCUGUUUUCAUAUACAACUUGAUUGUCCGCAUUAGUCAUAACUUCCCAUUAGAAUCUAGGGGAAAUCUCAUUUUGAAACUUAAAGUUUGCAACCUCAUCCACUCAGAUAACUUCUUUGCCUAGUUUCUUUCAUCUAAUCGUUGACAUUCUUCACAUGGUGAUUCCGCUACAGGUGAGUAAUACUGUAGUUUUUUCAUCUCUUCUACUUUCAACAGUCAUUCCCCUCACAGUUUUAUUAGAGGAAACAAUCAACCAUUGUGGAGUACAGUUGUCUUUUGAUAUCUCAUUGAAUAUCUCAUCGGUCAGUGGCUUCUUUAAUCAAUAUUAAUAAGGGGAAUUUUGAAUUCUUUAGGUAUCAGCUGUAAUUUUGCUUUACAUAAAGAGCUCUAAACUAGACUAAAUCUUCUCUAAUGUCAAUCUAUUCUCUAGCUUAUGUUAAGCAUUUAUUAGUAAGUAAUCUUUCCACUUAAAGUAAUGUUGUUAUCUUAUCCAAAUACACUUGUAACUACUAGUUUUAUCUCUGGUGACCUUGAGAUGUAUCAAUUUUCGAGUGAGGUGAAAUGAUUAUCAAUGUAUACACAUUAAAAGUGCAAACAUUUCGCUUUAAUUUGUCGUAGAUUCAAACAAUUUCAAAUAUACUUUUAAUAUGUCUGUCUGUCCAUCUUUCCAUCUAUGAGUAUUUAAUCACAUACCCAUUCACUAGUGAUAAUGCAGUAUGAUAUUGUCUCCUGAUUGGUUAAUUGUAUCAAGGACACUAAUUACCAAUCAUAUUUUAUAGUAAUAAACCACACUAGGAUUAGUUUAUGGGCUGUCUGUCUUUCGUUUCCCAUUAUUUUCCUUUAGUAAAAUCAUUCAUCCCAAGAGACCUUAAUCUUUACAGCAUAGCGAUCGAUUAAUACUCAGCAUGUAUAUGUGUUGAAUGACAAUAGGCUUGAUUUCCACAUUAUCAAAUGUGAGCAGCAUAUCCAUACCGUGCACGGAUAACUAAACUUGGAAAGUUAUGAUGUAUAAUUUAAUUCAUAGUUUUCCGUCUACACGACGCCAUGCUGUGAUAAAUUACCGGAAUUAACAACUGUGUAUCUAUUUUAAAUUAUGUCCGACUAUCGUGUAUUUAACUCACCUUCUGAUCAACCAGAAUGGGAUCCAGCAAGUGAAGUGGAGAGCAUGAUGUGCAGAUCUAGGCUACACGGGUAUACUCUGACUACAGGUGGGUCACAUACUCUACCACGUCAAUACAAUGGAAAUUAUUAUUAUCAGCGGGAAACAAACCCAACUCCUUUAAUACAUCGAGGUGUGAAUGCUGUCAAUAGUGGUGGUUAUGAUGGUGGAGGUGCACUAAACGUGUACAGUGUCAACCCUCAGUAUUUGCGUAAAAUGUAUCAUCCAUGGGCAUCUCCAACUAUGGUAAGACAAUUCACGACAAUUCAACCAUCGUAUCAAACAUCUGUAGGCUAUGAUCCAUCCAUGCUGUAUUCAUCUUCACCAUCCGCUUCAGUGUGUUCCGAUGGACAAUUGUAUUAUCGAUCACAACGAUUAGUAAAGCCUCUAAAUCAACCACGAUAUGUCUUGGGGACAAAGAUAACCUCCACAACCAAUACUUAUUCUCAGAGUAAGAAUGCACUGAUGAACAGUAGUAUGUAUAAUACACUGCAAAUAUCUGGGCACAGUGAUCAGCCUUCCAUACAACGGACAUCACUAACUAAUCCUCAGAUAAGGACACGUUUACAGUAUCCAUCAGCGUUAGUUAGAACAAUUGUUCGAAUGGAAUCUUCGGGUCCAAAGGAUUUUUAUUCCAAUGCACAUGUACAGGAAACACGACAACAACAAUCAUCUGAAAUACCACCUGCACUACCCAUAAGAACACACAGAUCUACAGGUCAAGAGACGAAUGCCAUCACGAAACCGCGUCAUUUGAUCCCAAUCCCUUUGUAUGAUCGUAUGCAUUUAGAUCCAAAUAUGACAUCAUUCAAGUAUACUACUGAUAUCAGUAAUUCUAGUCACUUAGACAAUAAUCUGCCUCAAUCAGUAUUAAUUCAACCAUAUCAUUCAAAGAAUACAUUCGAUUUAGAAAGUCAUUUAGAUUGUUCAUGUGAUUAUGUGAAAGGUGAAGCUGGUCUAUGGCCAGCUGAUAUAUGGUAUGAACGUAAUUUUCAUACAGUUGAUAAAUGUACAUGUCCACAUGAAGAAGUUCAUCGAUUUUUUGAUAAUACAGCAUCUAAAUGGAAAUUAGCUGAUGCUAUAGCUAUGCUACCUAUAAGAGAAACUGAUAUUUUAGAUGAUUUAAUUGAUAGUACUAGUGAUGAAGAUGAGACAACCAAUCGUUCACUUUCAUCAGUUAAGAAAUCAAGAAUAACAAUACAUGAAACAGAAUAUGAUAAUGUAAAAAACAGGACUGAAAGAAAACAACUCAUUGAUGGUCAAUCAGAUAUUCAUAGUUGCAUAAAACCCGAUCUUAAGGUAGAUGAUGAUUUAGCUUGCACAACUCGUGUCACAUGUUAUCAUAUUGCUAAUGAUAAUAAUGAUAACAGUAAUAAUAAUAAUAAUCACAAUGAUACUACCAUCGGGAGCAGCACUAAUGUUUCCUGUGAUGAAGAUGAUUUAGUGCCUCUAGGUGAACUGUUGUCAUCCAAUACAAAUCUAAUUAAGACAAUUACAAGUUUAGGCAAACCACAAUCUUCAUUGGUUGAUAGUACAACAAGAAUAACGCCUAGAAUGUCAAUAAAGCAAAGUUUACAUUGUCUUGAUGUAGGAGAGAAAGAUACAAGUUCUUCUAGAAGAAAUAGUGAUUAUCUUCCUGAAGAAAGAAAAUUUAUUCUCGAUACCAUAGAAAUCCCAGCAAUAACAACAACAAAAACCACUCCAACUACAGUAUAUAUUACACCGAGUACUCCAGGUGGUGGUGGUGGUGGUGGUGGUGGUGGUGGGAACACUUUAGAUGCUGUUAGCGGUGAAAAUGUACAGCGUAAAUCAUUCAGUGAAAGAACGUCACCAUUGUGGAAGGAAACACAAGUCUUAGGAACAGAUAAUAAUGUAUACAUGGACCAUACAAAGCUGAAUAGCAAUUCAAUGGGAAGAAGCUAUAUUCGUAGAGAGAAAAAAGCCAUAAAAGAUGAAAUUCUAGAGAGAAACAUAAUCGAUACUGAUGUAUCUGGUAUAGAACAAAACUCUGAACUUUCAAUAAAACAAGAAAGAAGACAGUCUUCACCUCGAUCCACUUGUCAUCUUCCUGAACCUGAUGGUUGUAUAAGCAUAGAAGACAAUGAGAAUACGCAUAAAUCUCUUCAAAUAGACAAUGUUGCAAAUGCCUUAGAUAGAUUGCAUUGGGAUAUGAGAAGUACAAUUGAAGGCAAAUUGACAGAUAAAUCAAUGAAAAACACAUUAAACAAAGAAAACUCAUCCCUACAAUUAAGUCCUAAAGAGGACUUAUACACAAAACAGUUAGAUAAGACAAAUCAAAGACAACAUAUUAAACAUGAUUGGAUAGAUGAUAAUCAAGACAACAUUGUUGAUGAUCACUUUCGUACAGAAAAAGCGAAAGCUUUCAUCAAUAAUAUAAAUAUACAAGAAAAUGAAAGUGCUGAACAUGAUCAACACAUUGAUGUUGAUCAUUAUUUUCUUCAACCAAGAACAUCUAUACUGAAAUCACAUCAAAAUGAUAUAUUCACAACAAAACAAUAUUCAUCGAAUCAUUUCAUACUCGACAAUCAACAGUAUGAUUACAAAUCUGAAGACAUUCAUGAUCUUGAUGAAAAUGAGGCUGGUAAAGAAUGUCACUAUGAAAUAAAUCAUGAUGAUGAUGAUCAUCAUCUAUCAAUGAUGGAGAGGGAUGAAGGAAUGCAUGACAGUAUGGAAUUUAAUUCAAAUUAUCAAUCUGGACAAAAUAACAAGUUAAAACAGCAACAACAAAAAGCUAUGGAACGUUGGGAUCUACUUCGUACACAUAUUGGAAAAGUUGGUAGACAGAAGGCUGAGGACAAUGAUUCAAUCUCAGCAUUGGGUUUUUAUCGAUCAAUUGAAAGUCAACCAGAACAACAACCAUGGGGUAAGAAAGCAAUUCCUAUGGUUAGUGAUUUGGUGUUACGUACAAUGGCUCAGAAACGUACCUUAACUUCAUUGUCGUCUAGUCUAGCCAGUUGGACAUUAACAGAUCAAGAAUUGAAAAUGCAUGUCUAUAGAAAAGCAUUACAAGCCUUAGCCUAUCCAAUAUCAAGUAAUACACCGCAUAAUUUUCAACUGUUUAGCGCAACUAGUCCAACUUAUUGUUAUGAAUGUGAAGGUCUUCUAUGGGGUGUAGCUAGACAAGGUUUACGAUGUACAGAAUGCGGUGUAAAAUGUCAUGAUAAAUGUAAACGUUUACUCAAUGCAGACUGUUUACAAAGAGCUGCUGAGAAAUCUUUACGUCAUGGUGCUGUCGAUAAAGCUCAAGCUGCAAUGGAAGCAAUUCAUGCCUUAAUUCAACGACGUAUAACUGAAAGAUCAGAUAUAUUUGAAUUUUUAGCAAAUGUUUUUCAAAUUGAUGUUCAUUCUAAUAUACACUUGAAUGCUUUAGAAUUUGCUCAAAAAAGUAUUGUAGCCGGUGCUAGUCAAUGGUCAGCUAAAAUUGCUAUAACAGUUAAAUCUGCACAAGGUUUAAUUGGUAAAGAUAAAACUGGACGAAGUGAUCCCUAUGUGACAGUACAAGUGGGUAAAGUUCGUAAACGUACAAAAACUGUUCUACAAGAAUUAAAUCCAACAUGGGAUGAAAAAUUUCUUUUUGAAUGUGACAAUGCCUCGGAACGAAUUAAGCUUCGUGUUUGGGAUGAAGACAAUGAUUUGAAAUCGAAAAUCAGACAGAAAUUUACAAGAGAAUCAGAUGAUUUCCUUGGACAGACAAUUAUUGAAGUACGAACAUUGAGUGGUGAAAUGGAUGUCUGGUAUAAUCUUGAAAAACGAACAGACAAAUCAGCAGUCUCUGGAGCAAUCCGUCUACAAAUAUCUGUUGAGAUAAAAGGUGAAGAGCAGAUGGCAUCAUUUCAUGUACAAUACACAGCAUUACAUGGUAGUAUAUUUUGUCAUCUAUGCAAAGAAAAUGAGCCAGUGUUCUUACCUGAUAGAACAAGUAUCACAAAUUUACAAACCAGUGGUAGUGAAGCAUGGAGAGUAUACUUCAAUCCAUUAGGGCAGGAGAUUGUUGAUGAAUUUGCUAUUCGUUAUGGAAUUGAGCCAAUAUUUCAGGCUAUGACACACUUUGCAUGUUUAACCGCAAAGUAUAAUUGUCCUGGUGUACCUGCUCAAUUGUCUGUUCUUUUGGCUAAUAUUAAUGCCUUUUAUGCGCAUACAACUUCAUCGAAUAGUCAAACAGCUAGUGAACGUUUCAGUGCAAGCAAUUUUGGUCGAGAGAAAUUUAUUAAAUUGUUGGACAGUUUAUACAUUGCUAUAAGAAUUGAUCUAUCCAAAUAUCGAACUGUAUUUCCUGCAUCUCAACCAGAAAGAUUGAUUGAUUUAAAAUCAACUGUAGAUCUACUCACCAGUAUCACAUUUUUUCGCCUUAAAGUUCAAGAACUCAGUUCUCCUCCAAGAACAGGUCAAAUACUACGUGAAUGUAUUGAAGCCUGUAUACAUGCAACUUAUCAGUGCCUUUGUGAAAAUGUACAUGAUUUAUAUGGGAAAAGCUUACAGGCAACCAAUAUAGAAUCGGGAACACCAGAAACUGGACCAACUGACAAUACAAGUGGUGGUGUCGGUGUUGGACAAUCACUUAAUGGUGAGCUGGAUCAGAUGGAUGGUAUGCGAUCUUUGACCUAUUGGCACCGACUAAUCACCCUUGUUGUCUCUGUACUCGAAGAUGAUCGAAAACACUACGCUCCAGUAUUAAAUCAAUUUCCUCAUGAGAUCAAUUUAGGCGAUAUGUCAGCUGAAAUGGUAUGGAAGUGUUUAUCUGAAGAUUUAGCCAAUGGUUUAGCUCAGCAUACAGUCAUAGCUAAAUACUACUAUAAUAAUAAUGAAGAGGACAAAUUACCUCAGAUGGAUAAACUACGAAAUGGAAAACAGAAUGGGAAAAAUGAAAUUGGCCUAAAAAGUGGAAUGCAUAAAAUUAAGUCAUCUGAUUAUAUGAAUCUUUGUUUUCGGGUAAAAUGGUUCUAUAAUACCUACAUAGCACCGCUAGCAAGGUUUAAAAAUGUUGUCCCACAAUAUCCACGUUGGUUCGAAGGUCUUGUAUUAAUUUGGUUAUCUGAGAAUGAUGAAGUAUCAGCUAAUUAUCUUCGCAAUGCAUAUGAUCGUGAUAAACAAGAUGGUUUCCAAUGUUCCAGUGAACAUGUAUUAUACUCAAACUCGGUUGUUGAUGUAUUCACUCAACUGAAUCAAUGUUUUGAUGUUAUUCGUAAACUUGAAUGCCCAGACAAAGAGGUGGAAGGACACUUUCUACAUAGAUUUUCACUGGGAAAACAAGUGAACAUUGAACAUGAUUUAUCUGUUCAUCGAUCUUUGUAUCUAUUUGCGAUAUAUCAUUUAAUCAGAUCGACUAAAACGAAAUCAAACAAGCUUGUUGAUUUAAUCGGUCUGUUUUGAAGAUGUUUGAGAAAAGAAAAAUGGAAAUGAGAUUUAAUAACACAAUUUUUCGAUAUCAUGGUUUAUUUAAAAUUUUCUACAAACCAACAAAAACUGCGGAAAAGCAAACGGAGAAAUGCGUAGGUUUUUAACUUGUUUAUUGACAAUUUUAAGGAUUUCCGUUGCCCAAAUAGUGACUGUGUUUCCGCAGUGGCCUGAUGGAUAACGCUUCAAUGUUUGAAGUGAUGGGUAUAAGGUUCAUGUCUGCACAGUGGGGAAUAACACCACUGUUCACUGGGAUGUGGGCAAUUCCAACGACAAGUCAGCCCCAAACAGGUUGAAACAGGUGUUCUAGAUUCCACUGCUAUCCAUCAAAAAGACUAUAAUAUAAUGAAUAUCCGAUCAGUAUCUAGGCGUUUCCAUAGCAGUCCAUCUACUGACAGACAAGUAAUUCCACCCUGUAUAGCAAUUGAAAAUUGCAAGUAUCAUUUACAACAACUGAUACCCGUUGCACUAGAGAUGACUAUCAUAUCCCAUUGACCUAGUGGAUAACGCUGCUUUAGUCUUUGAUGCGAUAGGUAUGAGGUUCAAAUUUCCUCAUUGGGAACAACAUCACUCACUACAGUUCAGAUACAUCCUAGUUGACGAGUCUCAAAUUGGACGAAACGUGAGUCAUGAAUUCCACUGCUACUCACCGAGUAGACUACAAUUUUAACCUAUUAUUCACUUGGUCAUUUCACAAAAAUGAAAUUUUAUAAAAGAAACCACACCAAGUAAUCUAGUAAGCAACAUCAACUAAUCAAAAUCACGUUUGAACGUGUUCAAACAAUCAAAUGUAAGUGGUAUGUACAUAAGGUACUUCAUUAUACAUGUUACUAGGGUAUCUGUUUCACUUUUGUGUGAUGUAACAUUAUCAUCUCCAGAUGUAACUGAAAGGUGUAGUAUUAAUGGAUUGUGGCUGGCAGUGGAGUCAAGGAUACGCGUUUCAUCUUAUUUGAGACUCGGUAAUCAGAUGAAUGGAUUUGAUCCACCGCCAGUGACUGAUAUUCUUCCCCCUGAACCAAUCACUCCAACCGCUAGAACGUUUUCCAAUAAGCCACUGAGCCACGAUAGCUACCACUUGUUUGGCGAGUAUAGGUUUUAUGUUGUUACUUGUAAAAUCCUGUCAUUGAUAAAAAGUGUAGUCUUGUUGAGGUCUUCAAAUGACCUCGAAAUGUUGAUACAAUUCAAAGAAACUUUUUUAUUCAAGUUGUAUUCAAUCGUCGUUGAUUCGACUAUGCAUUAUUACUGUAUAUAAUUCAAAAAAGGCAACAUCGAGGCAUCCUCAUAGGAGUCCAUACUACAAUACAGACCAAUCAAUUCUGUCCAAUCAACAACGGUAAUAAUACAAGCAAUAACACACAAGAAGUGGUUAUCGUUGCUCGGUGCUCUAGUAUAUAAUGCUCUCGCGUUUGAAGCAAUCCCUCCCGAGUUCGAAUUUAAGUGGGAACAAUACUACUCAUUGGAGAGGCAGGUAAAACCAGCUGACGAGUCGCAAAUAAGACAAAACGCGCAUUCUGGAUUCCACAGAUAGCCACCAUCCAUUAUUACUAUAUAUAAGCAAGAUCUUCCUUAAAAUUCUCAGAGAACUAAAAGUACUUCAUUUAAAUUUAGAAAUAAAGCUAGUGAAAUUUAGUUAAGCUAAUUGAAGUGAGUGAGUGAAUACUCUGCUUUAAACCUGAUACUCACUUCACUAAGCCAUGAAUAUCAGAAGACAAACAUCGACAAGUGACUUUAAGGGAGACGCUUUAUUCAACAAAAACGUACAUCAUUUAGGCAUAAUUUUCAUAAAUAUAUGAAACUACUAGGUCGAAAAUUGGAUGUCUGUUUUGAUUGAUCAACUGAAAGAUAAAAUCAUUAAAUAAGGUUUUUCUUGAUCGUUAAAUAAAAAUAGUUUAUAUGUAUAUCACUUCAAACUUGGUUGAAUGUUAGUAUAAUUGGUUUUAUAUGAUACCG